AUGGCCAGAACCUGGGCGUGGCCAGAGCAGGAGUGGGCGUGCCGCCUGGUGCCACUGCUGACAGGAAAGGCACUGGAGGCCUAUACAGCAAUGGAUGAGGAGAGGUCCAAUUCCUACGCAGACCUGAAGGAGGCAUUGCUGGAGAAAUUCGAAAUUUCACCAGAGACCUACUGCCAUAGUGAUGCAAACAGCACAGCUCUCAUUGGUACUGUGAUCCUAACUGAGGAUUAUGAGGAUGCCUCUCUGGAAAAUCCUAAAGAAGAUGUGUCAGAGGAGAGCUGCUCCGUACCAUGUGAAGUGAUAAUAAAAGUUAUGCACGAUGAGAAAAAUUCCUUGUGUAGUACCCUCUAGCACUCUUUCAUCUCUUAUAUAAGAAGUAACAGGAAAAUGUUCAGAGAUCUAAUCGAUGACCAGCAGAAGGCUUUGGAGUUCCUCUCCAGUCAAGUCACUGAACUGAAGGCUAAAGUAAACUCACUCAGUUCAGACAUUCAUAAGAGCAACAGUGACCCAUUCUCGAAUAAACCCAAGCAGUUUCACGAAUGGGACUAUACUCACAUCAGGGACACUCUUGGAGCAGUGGUUCCCAGAAGUGGAAUAUACAUAAUUCAUCCUGGAAACACAGAUUCUGCCUUUGAUGUUCUCUGUGUAAUGGAUUACAUGGAAGGAGGAUGGACAGUGAUCCAGAGAAGAACAGAUGGUUCCACUGACUUUAGAAAGCCAUGGUCAGAUUACCUGGAUGGAUUUGGACACCUCCCGGGUGAGCAUUGGCUGGGUUUGAGGAAGAUACAUAAUGUCGUCCACCAGACAAACAGCAGUUUCCAGCUACAUGUGUCUCUGGUCUCCCAGAAUGACAAGACUGCUUAUGCCUCAUACAACCAGUUCUGGAUAGAAGAUGAGAUCAGUUUCUAUUGAAUACAUCUGGGCAAAUAUGCAGGGAGUGCAGGUGAUGCAUUUCGUGGUUAUGACCAAGAGCAGAACCAGGAUAAGGCGCCCUUCAGCACCUCUGACGUCGACAAUGAUGGCUGUAUCUUGUUCUGCAGCUUUGACGGCCAAGCUGUGGAGAGCUGCAGUGUCCAUCAGAACAACACAGGCUGAUGGUUUAACCAGUGUGGAAAGGCAAACCUCAGCAGCACUCUACUGUACCAGGAUCGCUGUACUGAGCCUCAUAUUUACUGGGAUGCCUGGACUCAGAAUGGAAAACCAGUAAAAAUCAAGUCUGCCUCACUGAGGAUAAGGAGAACCAAUACCCCUCAAUCUAAUCAACACCAAACUUCUUUGUCAGAGUCUUUUAAGUUAGAAGAUUGA